AAUAUUUUGCUGCUUGUAGAAAGUAGAUAGGAGGUAAUCGCAGAGAAUCCCAAUUCCCAACCACGUGAAGGUGAGGCCAAAGCCCAAAGCCAAAACCACAACCUCAUCCGUUUCCAACACGCUUUUUCGUUUCUUUGAAUGCUUGCUGUUGGUGUCGUGUGGAUCUCUCUAGUUUCUACUCUUCCUCUUUACGUUAUCAAUCACUCGACGACGACGACGACGACGGAGUCAGUCAUGACCUCCCUCCGAUUCACCGCCGGCGCAAAUUUCUGCUCCUCCACUGCCGUAUCAUGUUAUCGUCCAAUGUGGAGUUCGGAGGAUGUAACCGGAGUCCUCCAAGUCACCUCAUGCCGGCUUGCGCAUAGCAGCGGAUUCGACUUGCGCUGGAAUAGAUUUCAAAGAACAAAUAGCAGUUACUUUGCAAGAAGGAAUUAUCUGAUAAAGAAUAGAAUUCAAGCUUCUACAAAACAUUUGGGACCAGGUUCGGAUCCUAUAAAAAAAAAUGGGAGGCCGCAAUAUCACCCAUUUGAGGAUAUUGCCAAAUCAACAUCAGCGAAUUGUGGAGAUGCUAUACUUACAUCUGAAGAAACUGCUAGGACGAUCAUUGAGGUUUUGCUUAGCUAAUAUUGCCAAUAGUUUGCAUGUUCAGGUGAACAGCAAAGCAACACUCAUGUUUUCGGGUUUGAUUGAUGAUGAAGUUCAUGAAAAUGUUUUCUUGCCAGAUUUGCCUUAUGUAACUGAUGAACAUGGAAAUAUAUAUUUUCAAGUGAAGAAUGGUGAAGACACUAUGCGAAGCCUAACUUCCGAUAAUAAUUUUGUGCAAGUCAUCAUAGGUUUGGAUACUAUGGAAAUACUCAGUGAGAUGGACAUAUCAGGUCCAUCAGAAAUUGAUUUUGGGAUUGAAGAGAUUGAAGAUGAGGAUGGUGAUAUUGAAGAAGAUGAUGGGGAGGAAGAUAAGGAUGAUGAUGAUGAUGAUGAUGAUACGGAUUGGGUUGCUGUUCUAGAAGACGAGGAAGAUGAGGAUGAUUCUGACAUGGCACUUGGAGACUGGGCAAAGCUGGAGACAAUGCGUGCUUCUCACCCUAUGUAUUUUGCCAAAAAGCUGGCUGAGGUUGCUUCAGAUGAUUCUGUAGAUUGGAUGGAACAGCCCCCAGCUAGUUUGGCUAUUCAAGGCCUCAUAAGACCUGCCUUUAUUGAAGAACAUUCUGUUAUCCGGAAGCAUCUGUCUGACCACAAGAACAGUAAUCUUGAUGGAAAUCAGGUUGGGGAAAAUGUAGAAGAUAAUAUAGAGGAACUUGAUAGAAUUAAUGGUCAUAAAACGGAAGCAGGAUCUUCUGAGGACAGUUCAAACUGGGCUGAGGAUUUGGAGCAGAGUGAAAUCCCCACAAAUGGUGCUACAUUUUACAAGCUGGAGAUGAUUAGACUUCAGCUGUUUUCUUCCAAUGGAAAUCAGAGUAAUGUUGAAAUAGAAGAUUUCAUGAAAGCUCAACCCGAUGCCAUUGCACAUUCAGCGACUAAAAUUAUAUCUCGCCUGAAAGCUGGUGGGGAAAAGACCACACAAGCACUUAAGUCUCUGUGUUGGAGAUUAAAGGGCAUUCAAGUGGAGGAGGCAGUACUUAUUGGUGUUGAUUCCCUUGGAUUUGACUUAAGGAUUUGCUCAGGAACACAAGUCGAGACAGUGCGGUUUUCAUUUGAUACACGGGCCACUUCUGAGUACAGCGCCGAAAGGCAGCUUAACGAUCUACUAUUUCCUAGGAUCCAUCCCAAGCCGCCAAAAUUCAAACAAACUCAUCAAAAUGAAUGCUAACACAACCAAAUAUUGUUGAGUGUCAAAAGAUCGCUGUUUGGUUGUAGCUUGUAUUGUAUGGCCCUUUAGUAGAUAUUUCAAUGUAACUAGGGAAACUAGGGGCAAUUCUAUGCUUCUCCUCGUGCAUUUGUUAAUUGCAAUUAAUGAUUAUGGCAAUUCAUUCUUUUC